GGGGAUUUAGGUCCGUAGGGGUGGGGUAGAUUGGUAGGGCGGCGUUCUCACGUCGACGACGAGGGCCAGGCCAUGAGUGGCGCUUGGGGGCCGGGUGGGGGGCCGCGAGGUCCGCCUCACCCGCCCAAUUGGGGCUACGGCGGCUGGGCUCCGCCUCCGCCGCCGGGACCCGGUCCUAUGAUGUACGGACCGCCGGGAGGCCCGUCGGGUUAUUAUGGCGGCUGGCCGGCUCAUUCGGCUUACAUGGCUCCGUACGGCGCGGGAUGGGGCUCGAAUCCCAAUGAGCCCGGUAUUCCGGGCGAAGAACCGCCCGCUCCACCCGGGGCUGAGGCUGCGCCCGGUGGUCCAGCUCCGCCCAGCACUGAGUCGGGUCCUCCCGCUUUGCCGCCCGCUCCAAUGGAUAUGACUCCGGCCUCGUGCGUCAAUGGGGUCCAAUUCAAUAUCCAUGGCCAACGCAUCCCGGGCUUUAACCCAGUUCCCACGCAAUUGUUGGCCCAUCCUGGGCUUGGAGGUCAAGGCGGGGGCGGCAAGAAGAAGAAUAAGCGGAAGAAAGCCCAGCGACCCAAUGGCGGAGGGUGGGCUUCACCUGCGGGUCCCACCGUCGCUACCCAGUCACUUCAGUCAGAAGCGUCUAUGCCUACCACCGGGACUGUGGCCUCGGCCGCCUCGCUCAGUGCACCGGUGCAGUCGCCUGGUGUAGCGGCAGCGGGCCUAAGUUUGGCUGCGGCUUCGGGCAACAAUGCCAAGGAGUGGCCGCCUUCUCUGCAGGAAUACGUAAACCGAUGUUUCACCAAAUGUGCCACUGACGUCGACAAGGACCAAGUUCAAAUCAUUCUGAAGGGUAAGAUCACGAAGGCAGCCAGCGAUGGAACAUUGUGGAACAAAGAUUGGGCCAACGAGCCCUUGCCCAGCACAUUAAGUACGGAUUUCCUGCAGAAGAAAGAACCGGCCACUCUCCAGCCAGCCUUGGGAGCCAACCAAUCUAUGGCCAGCCGAUUGGGCAAUUCCCGCGGUUUCGGACGGAAUCGCUUCAGCGGAGCCGGCCCCUCGGCUCGAUCCCCACCUCGUCGCCGGCGACGCGACUCCAGUAGCUCGAACUCUUCUCGUGGUAGCUCUUCUCGUCGACCGGGUCGUCGUGGUGCCGCGAGUCCGGACUACGGCAAGAACCCCAACUGCAUCCCGUUAGGUAAAGCCGGAAAAGGGAAGAACGUUGGCAAAUCGGCCAAGAAGCUUAAGAAGGAGGCCCAGAGUCAGCAAGAGCGUUUGCUGACUCAGUCGACCAAUGGUAGCACGCCCUAUUUUUACACCAAUAAGGGUCGCGGGCGCGGCCAGAUGACAUUAGACGCAGAUCUGGCCACUCGCGAACGAAAACAGAAACGAGCCGCCCGAUUUUUGGAGAGCGCCAAACGAACCUCCAAGAAGAGUUCAUCGAUUCAAUUGUCCAAGUUGAACAAUCAGUUGUUAGACUUCGAAGAGAGCAAUCUCCAUUGGGAGGAUAUGCAUAUCGUGGGCACCUGUCAGGACUUGGAGAAGCGAUACCUUCGAUUGACUUCGGCCCCCGAACCCCACAUGGUCAGACCCGUGUCCGUGCUGAAGAAAAGUCUGAUCAUGGUGACCAAUCAUUGGAAACUGAAGCAGGACUACCAUUACGCUUGUAAUCAAAUGAAAUCGAUCCGGCAGGAUUUGACGGUUCAAGGAAUCCGAGACACUUUCACUGUGAAGGCCUACGAAACGCAUGCACGGAUUGCAUUGGAGAAAGGUGAUUAUACAGAGUACAACCAAUGCCAGAGUCAGCUGAAGGUGCUUUACAAUGACAUUGGCGGAGACAACCGCCUUGAGUUCACUUCCUACCGGAUCCUCUACUACAUGUACACCAACGACAAUGCAGACCUGACUUCGUCCUUGGCUGAGCUGACAAAAGAGCAGAAGACAGAUCCGUGCAUUGCCUUUGCUUUGAAAUUAAGGAGCGCCUGGUCGUUCCGAAACUACAAUAAGUUCUUCAAGUUGUAUUUGGAGGCUCCUAAAAUGUCCGGUUUCCUCAUCGAUUGGUUCGUGGGUCGGGAGCGGAAGAAGGCCCUUACGUCAAUCAUUAAAGCGUAUCGCAUCUCAGUCCCAGUGUCCUACGUUGUCAGUCAGUUGGCCUUUGCCAAUCUCGAAGAAUGGGUCAAGUUUUCGGAGCCCUUCAAUCUCAAGUUUUCCGAUCCAUCCAAAUCCAUUUUGGAUUGCAAGGCUAGCAUGGCUUGUCUGGCCGAGCUGCAGUGAUAAAACAUCUUCUUUUUUUUUGUAACGCGCAGCGCAAGUCUUAAAAUCAAGGGGGAUGCCACGACACACCCGCAAGUCGUGCCAAAUUGGACGCGCAAAGAUGAACGUUCCAAUGACUCUUUCCAGGUCCACAAAUAGGGCUGUGAAUAUUGCUUCUUUUCAUUUUCAUUUUUGAGCAAUAUCCUUGAUCGCAUCAAAAAUUCAACUGUAAUUGAUUUAACGCGCAUAAAUAAGAUUUCUUCAAUUGUGGGCCUGAUUCAAACGUGGGGUUAAGCCAACAUUGGUGUCGCAUCUGGAAGUAGAGCUAUGAGCGGUUGAGAGCUUCAAAGAUUUCUCAAGAGGUCUGCCGAGCAUCCGUCCACCAUUAGGAAUUGACGAGAAAGAAUAAACCACGGCUAAGAAUCAUUGUUAACCAGUGUCCCUCGGCACCAAGGUCUGCCUCAAUAUCUCAAGGCCUACCAGAGACUGUUAUUAUUGUAUGUAUCAAAAGCCAAUCAAAACCAAGGGGCUUUGUUAUCCUCUCAAAGGCUCUUGAACAAUCUUAGCCUCUUCAUAAUCCAAGUCUAUUCCCAGCACCUCUGCCCUUCCACUUGUCCUCUUCCAGUUCGAAAACCAACACCGAAAAAGAUAUUUCCUCCACAUUUAUUUAUUAAUAAAACAGGCCAGAUAUAAACGAUA